ACGGGGUGCGCUAGAGCUUCGUGGUUUUGAGAUCUCGUAUCUGGAUCGUCGCAAGGUUUAGGGUUUUAGGGAUAGUUUGACGUCAGAGCGCCCAAUCGGACCGCGCUGAAGCAAACCUCAACACGUCAACCGCAUAAGAGCGGCUGCAGUGGAUUGGACUGUGUCAGGAUGCAGCGCGGAUUACCCCACGUUGGCCGAGCUCUUUUUAGGGCGGGGCCUGUCUCUGGAGCUUCUUCUACUCCCUUGACUUCUUUUUCCCAGUCAUUGACGAAGAGUUCGACGCGUGCUGAACUGCUCCGCUCUCUGCAGAGUCCUUUACAGCAAAGAGCGUUUACGAAGAGCUCUUUCUUUACGAGCAAUUGGUAUAAAAAGAUGACUGGCCAUGAGGAUCCCCGGACUACGCAGGAGGUCAAGAAGUACCUCCAGCAGAGCCAUGACCGCAUCUUUGAGAAUAACAAGAAGUGGGCCGAGGAGAUGCAGAAGAAGAAGCCUGAGUUCUUCAAGGACCUGAGUGCUGGUCAGGCUCCGGACUACCUGUGGAUCGGCUGCUCCGACUCGCGCAUCCCCGCCGAAGCCCUCACCGGCGUCGACCCCGGCGAGAUGUUCAUCCACCGCAACAUCGCCAACCUCGUCAACAACAUCGACCUGAACGUCAUGUCUGUCGUCAACUACGCCGUGCGCCACCUGAAAGUCAAACAUAUCGUUGUCUGCGGCCACUACGGCUGCGGCGGCGUCAAAGCCGCCAUGACGCCGCAGGAUCUCGGGCUUUUGAACCCCUGGCUGCGCAACAUCCGCGACGUGUACCGUCUGCACCAGAGCGAGCUCGAUGCCAUUACUGACGCGGAUGCGAAGUAUGAUAAGCUGGUGGAGCUGAAUGUUGUGGAGCAGUGUAGGAACGUGAUCAAGACGGCGGCGGUGCAGUUGAGCUAUGCGCAGAACGAGUUUCCGAUUGUGCAUGGGUGGGUGUUUGGGUUUAAGGAUGGGUUGCUGAAGGAUUUGAAGUUUGAUCAUGAGGGCGAGCUGAAGGAGAUCCAGAAGAUCUACAACUUGAACGACUUGUCCUAGACAGCGCGUCUAAGAGAAAGAAGAAUGUGUGAGUUGAGCAAGGAGUUGGGGACGAAGACUGAGUUGUAGAGUAGAAGAGGCGUUCACAGCCAGGGCCUGGUCUAUCUCCAGCCAUGUGCGUUGAUGCUGGCAGACCUUGGCUGAAUCUACGAUAAUUAUUACAGA